CACUGGCUUUGUUUUUAGGUAGGACCGACCCGAAGUUGAUAUGUAAUUUGUAUGAUAAAGAAAAAUAUGUCAUACAUUACACAAAUUUCAAACAAUGUUUAAAGUAUGGUCUUAAAUCCAUACAAAUUUUCACAAUUACCCUAGUUGAAAUUUUAUUUUGAUUUCAAUACAAAUUUACGCAACCUUUCCAAAAAUGAAUUCGAGAAAGAUUUAUUCAAAUACCUAAUAAAUUCAAUCUCUUUAGAAGACUAUAGAAAACGUGGAAAAACGACAAGAUAUUCGCUUGUGUACCCGAUGGUAAAGUGUACGCAGGUCUAAGGGUGCUGAAUUGAUUACACAGACUCUGUGGUGUUUAAUGAUAAUUUUGUGGACAUCCGAAUCGAAAAAUUGAAAAUAACAUAUGAUAAGCCACUUCGCCAUAUUGGACUUAUUAAAAACAAUUGUGUAUGAAUUUUAUUAUGGCUACAUCAAGCAAAAAUAUGGAGAUCUAGCCAAACUAUUAUAUUCGGAUAUAGACUCCUUGAUUUUGAAAACUCUAAAGAAAAUUUGAAAUAUUUGACUACUCCCAUUAUGCUUCCGAUAAUGUUUACAAUAUUCCGAGGACGCAAUCAUGUGUUGGUAAAAUGAAAGAUGAAUUUGCAGGAGUGCCCAUUGAAUUCUUUAUUGGCACAGGUGCCAAAGCCUAUUACGUUGAGCUUGCCAAACCUUACAAGAAAUCUGACUUCGUGAAAAAGCUAGAGGUGUGUCAUGAAGUACAACAAAACACCCAUCCAAUCUGACGAUAAAAGAUAUGUAAUACUUAACGAUGGAAUUGAAAAAUUGGCAUAGGGGGCAGCUGUUGCUGAAGUUGUGGAUUUUGCUAGCAUUCAGAAGAAAGAGGACACCGUCAAAGAUCAUGGAAAGAUAUGAAAAACUUGGAAAAUUGGGAGAAGGCAGCUAUGGCAUUGUUUACAAAUGUAGAAACAGGGAUACCGGAGAAAUAGUAGCCAUUAAAAAAUUUGCUGAAAGCGAAGAAGAUCCUCUUAUAAGGAAGAUAGCACUUAGGGAAAUUAGACUGUUGAAAAACCUCAAGCACCCAAACCUAGUCAACCUUAUUGAAAUAUUCAGAAGAAAACGCCGCCUUCAUUUAGUGUUUGAGUUCUGCGAUAGAACAGUUCUCAGCGAAUUAGAAAAGUAUCCAAGAGGAUGUCCAAAGCUGCUUGCACAACAAAUAAUUUGGCAAACGCUUCAAGCUGUUGCUUAUUGUCAUCAACGUGGAUGUAUUCAUAGGGAUAUCAAGCCAGAAAAUAUUCUCAUGACAGCAACAGGUGUAGUGAAGUUAUGUGAUUUUGGUUUUGCGAGACUGCUAAAUCCGGGAGAAAGAUAUACAGAUUAUGUAGCAACACGGUGGUACCGUGCUCCAGAAUUACUAGUUGGUGACACUCAGUAUGGUACACCAGUUGAUGUAUGGGCUAUAGGGUGUGUUUUAGCAGAAUUGAUGAAAGGAGAAGCGCUUUGGCCGGGAAAAUCAGAUGUUGACCAGCUCUUCUUGAUACGAUGUACGCUAGGAGAGUUAUUACAACGGCAUAUGCAAGCUUUAAAGAACAAUGAUUUCUUUAGUGGCAUUAUUUUACCAACUCUGGUACAAAUAACACCCUUAGAAGAACGAUUACCAAUGGUGGACGCCACUACAUUAGACUUUCUUCAAAAAUGUCUAGAUAAGGAUCCAAUGAAAAGAUGGACUUGUGAGAAACUACUUGCACAUGAAUAUUUUGAUAAUUUAAGAAUAACGAAUAAAGCCGAUAUGAAAAAUAUUGAUAGGUUAGGAGAUAAAUCAAGGAAUUCACUUCUGGGAAAUACAUUGCCACAACUUUCCAGCUCGAAUUCAAUCAGCCCUUCCAAACCUAACAAUAACAUCCAUAAAUCAAAAGUAGAUCAUCUACCAACAAUUUGACAAAAAUUCUCACUCUUCAGUUGAUGUAAAAAAAUAUAUUGGCAACUGUCAUCUCAACAAACUCAGAAGAAACACAAGAAAUGGAAGAUGAAGUAGCUCAGACUGCUAUUCGUGAAACCUGAAGCCUUUUGUUCCAACAGUGUUGUAACUUUGUUAGUGGAAGCAGUUAGCCGAAAUCGCGUUGAUGAACAAAUGAACUUUUGAUCCAGGAAUGCUCCUUCUGCAGUUCAAAAGCUCAAACUAAAUAUAAAUUAAGGGCUGAGGAUUCAAACCAACAUGAUCUUCAACCAAGUUUCUUCUUCGAUUCAUAGCAUUUUGGCCCUUCGCCAUUUUGAACAUUUGCAACAGCUGUGCUCUUUUUAGUGAUGUAUUGUGAUGCAGUUUCGUGCAAACCCGACCCUAAACUGUGUCUGUAACUGUAUCCAAUAGCAAUAACAAUAAGUUGUCAUAUAAAAAUAUAUUUAUAUAUACUCGUUUAUAUUGUUUUACAGCAACUUGUAUCUUCAAACAUCCAUAACCUUUUUGGUUAUGGCAAUUCCACUUCAACACCCAUUUUUUUUAAUAGCAAGUAUAAUCGGGUCACAUAACUUAAUCACACUCUAUUUGAUUUUUUUUCAAAUUCACGGAAUAACUUUUUAACUAAUUUAUUCAGUAAUCACACAAAAAAAUUAUAAUUUCGCCAAAUUAAUGGAUUAAACGUCCGAAAUGACUUGCUGUUAUAUGUUUUGUUGUGAAAUUGGAGAUUGAAACAGCUAGCGUACUUAAGAGACCAUUUAUUACUAGUAAGACCAAAUUGCAUCGUUACUAUUUGUUAUAGUUAUCAUCGUAUAGAAGAAUGUCUUCAAUUCAUUAUAAUAAUCUUAGCAGUCUGCGAUAUAACAUAAUGUAUAUAUAAUAAUACUUAUGUGUAAAAUGGAAUACCAUUACUUUCUAUUUACAAUUAAAUAUAAACUACAGGAAGCCACAGAUUGGGAGUUUGGGGACGAAAGCACUUUUGUUGGCAACCCACAGACUUUGGGUUCGAGUGACACAUUUUGAGACAUUGGCACAUUAUACUUCGAGUAACAUUUGUGAACAAUGGACUUUUCUUCAUCAUUAACGUUAUUAUUGCCCGGGUUAUUUGAUUAGGUUUUACAUAAUAAGGAGUAGGUAUUAAGAGCCAUCUGUUAUGACGGUAAAUGUGACCAGAAUUGUUUUGAAUCAAAUAUGAAGGCGGUUCUUCAGAAUAUUAAUCUAGAGUAAUAAUCAGUUAUUAUUUAGUACCUUAUCUCAUUACAUUUAUAAAGAUCUAAAGUUGCUUUCUGCUAUGAUCUUUCGGGAAAAGUAUCGAUAAUCAUGGGUUCUUUAGGAUUAAUUAAAUAUUCAAUACAUUGCUGCCAAUUUGGUACUAAGUUUUCAAUUUGGGAAGGAUUCUAUUUCUACAUAUCACUAGACCAAAAUGUCAAUAUUGUAUAAAUUUCAGUAUUUCAUUAUAAUAAUCUCAGCAGUCUGCGAUGUAACAUAAUGUAUAUAUAAUAAUACUUAUGUGUAAAAUGGAAUACCAUUACUUUCUAUUUACAAUUACAUAUAAACAAUUGAUAUUUGAAAAAAAGACACUUGGUGUAUUUUAUUCGUCAAUCUCGAUAUUCUUAUUGAGAAAUGCUUAGUAAUUGUUUAAUGCUGAUUGUCUCGAGAACCGAAUUAAAUCAUCGACCGUUGGGAAAAUAAAAUUUUAUUUACCUUUAUGGGAAUUAAAAUGAAUUAUAUGAGAAUGCAUUACAACUAAUGAUAUCAUUUGAUGAAAAUAGAAAAUAAAUAUUUUAAAUAUAAAAAAAAA